UAUGUGCAGGAGAUUAAAACGCAGCAAAGUGAAAUGGGCUCCGAAAUGUCAAGUCAAGCAGCUAAACAGGAGAAGUGCUACGACCCUGGAGACAAAACGCUUAAAUUUGUGGAUGGAGAAGACGUCUUAGAUUUUUUAUGUGAAGACUUUAAGUCUCCAAGAGCUCAGAUGUCCUGUGGUCAUGCUGUGACCCCCACGUCUCUCACCAACUGGUGUCUCAGGCAGCUGGAUCAGGGUGACAGCAGAUUUGUGUGUGGCCAGUUUGGUUGUAGCGUUGAGUGGCCUUAUGUGGAGGUGUGUAAAAUGGCUCUCCUGACCCCUAAGGAAAAGAAAUACUUUAAACAAACGUUGGCCUUCAAUGCUGCCAGGGAGAACUUUCUAAUCAAAGCAUGUCCUGGAUGUAAAUCCCCUGUGAUGAGAACGAAUGAAUCCAACCUGAAUAUUUGCUGCAAACUGUGCACAGCAAACAAAGGAAGGACCUUUGAAUUCUGCUGGCAGUGUCUGAAGAAAUGGAAGGGUCCGAAGCCACGAUCAGACCGCUGUGGAAACGAUGGCUGCUGCAACCAGCCACUGAAAACACUGCAAACCUGCCCAGAUAUCGUCUUUCAGUCUAUGCCAGGCAUCACUGGGUGUCCCUCCAUCCGGGCCUGUCCCACCUGUGGUUCCCUGCUGGAGCACAGCAAAAUAUUCUGUAAAUCUAUGGUCUGCCCACGAUGCAAGGUGAAGUUCUGUUUCGUGUGCUUGAAGCUCUUUUCCAGAUGUUUGAAAACGAGUCACCAUUACACGUUGUGCAGCAGCGGCGUCGCCUCCAGACAGACCUCUAUACCUGUGUGGCAUCACGUGAACCACACCAGACCCUCAUCCCUCCAGUAAGAGAAAGAACCCUAUUUUCCAUCCAGAAACAUCUGGCAAAUCUAGUCAUAGUUGUGUUUUGUUUGUGAGAAAUUUAUUGCUAAAUAUAAUCAUUAUACUGACGCUUUCCUGAAUUAUAGAGAUGAUAGUAAGUCAGAAGCAGGAGAUGGAACAUACAUACAUAUAUCUGCACUGCUGCAUAUCUAUAAUUAUUAUAUAUCAACCUGAAUGUUGUAUAAUUAGUCGUUUACUGUCAUUAUGUGCUGUCCAGUAGCUCUGAAGCAGGAGGUGGAACAUCCAUAUACUGUAUGUGCAUAUACUUUAAAAUCUAACAUGUUUAGUUAUUAUUGGUUAUCAUUUCUUUGUGUUGUUUUUAAAUGUCAGCUCGUUGGUCCAUAAAGUCAUCUCAGGUUUAUAUUGUCUAUUUCUCUGUGCUUGCUUUAUCAUUAUGUUGCUUUUCUGCUCUGGUCUUCUGUGUAUCACUGCAAGCAAUGCUUUUCUGCAUAAAACCCAGCUGUUGUUCUGUUUAAAUAAAAGAUCUAAAAUAUAGAAGUGUGUGAACUUCUCUCUUCCUGUCGGACAUGUUCAUGUAUAUAAAUAUUCUACAUCACAGAGCCCCUAUGGACAAAUGAAAUCUGUCAUGUAAAAUGGCACACAUCAAAUUUUGUUCAAGACAAGAAAAACAACUGUAGUCCUAAUUUAGCUUUAGCAUUUAGUGCUAUAUUUAAUGUUAUAUUACUGGUGCAACUGUUAUACAUCAAUCUAAAUGUUGUAUAAUUAGUCAUUUACUGUCAAUAUGUGCUGUCCAGAUAUUUGCAAAAAUUUUAUUUUUAUGCUUUGGUUUGUUGAAAUUUUCAUGGCAAUAAAGCUCAUUUGAACUGAAUUAAAUUAGCAUGCAGUUAUUACUGAUCUUCAUCUACUGGUGAAUAAUUCAUGGCCCUAAGGUGAUUAGAUAUAAGCCUACGAAUGUGCUGUUCUUCACCAGAUAGACAGCGCU